CAUGCGCAAGUACAGCGCCUCACACUGGCGGAUGCAGAACAUCGCACAGGAGUCUGUCGACAGCUCGGAUGAAGAGUUCUUUGACGCCAGAGAGGUGCCCGAGCCGGGGAAGACGGCCAUGCUGCUGGGAAUGAGCCAGUGGAACUCCAACGACCUGGUGGAGCAGAUCGAGACGCUGGGACACAUGGACCCGACACAAGAGAGUCUGUAUCGGCAUGGUCGGCGAAGAUGCCACCCUCAGAGCAGCAUUGAUGGGCUGGAGGAUAUGGAGAGGAAGUGUAAAACAGAGGUCCUCAUCCUGCUGGUGCACGGGGGCAACAUCCUGGACACGGCGGGCUCGGACCCGGGCACCAAGGCGGGCGACGGCAGCACGCUGGCCUCGGUGCUGGAGAAGGUGGCGCGGGCGCACUUCCAGGCGGCAGCAGAACACGUGCUCAUCAAGAUGGUGCCCUGCCCUGCCGUCUGUGCCAAGGCCUUCUCCCUCGUCUCCAAUCUGAACCCGUACAGCUAUGAUGAGAGCUGUGUGUCCACCAGCGUUGACCACCUGCCCCUGGCUGCUCUGCCCCUAUUGGCCAUUGCCGCCCCGCACUACCAGGACGCCGUGGCGACCGUCAUCGCCCGAGCCAAUCACGUCUAUCGAACCUUUCUGCACUCGCCAGAUGGACAGGGAUUCAACGGACAGGUGUGUUUGCUGGGUGACUGUGUGGGGGGCGUGCUGUGUUUCGAUGCCCUCUGCUUCAGCAACAGCCAACGCACAUCCAGUCCAUGUGGCAGCACAGAGAGCCUCAAGGAUAACCCUGCAGGGCUGUUGGCUGAGGUGAGCUCUGGCCUGAGUGGCAGCAAGCGGCUGAGUAAGAGCAACAUCGACGUCUCUGCCCCGGCGGAGGAGAACGGGGGGCGCAGAGUCAGACAGCCCCUCAGCCGCAAGCAGAGCGACUCCUUCGACGAGGCCACCUCUGCACAGCACACCGCCUUCCUCAGCAGCCUUAUUCAGGAUGGGGGAGAUCUUCGGCCUCCCAGUGGCCACAGUCUGGUUCUGAAUCCCGGCCGCUUUGAGUUUGAGGUGUCGGAUUGUUUCCUGCUGGGCUGCCCCCUGGGCCUGGUGCUGGCCAUGAGGAGAACCGUCCUCCCAGCCGUGCAGGUGACCCAACUGCGGCCGGCCUGUUCUCAGAUCUGCAACCUCUUCUUCCCGUCGGAUCCAUCGGCCUCGCGCCUGGAGCCUCUGCUGCACUCCAACUUCCACCGCCUACCCCCCUUCUCCGUGCCCCGCUACCAGCGCUACCCCCUGGGGGACGGACGCUCAGCACUCAUCGCUGACGACAUCCAUGCCCAUCCAGAUGUGUUCCUGGAUGCUACUCUGCCCUGCUCCCCACCACCGGAGAGAGGAGGCAAGUCUGGAGGAGGAGGAGGAGGUGGAGGAGUAGGAGGGGUAGGAGGAGUAGGAGGAGUAGGAGGAGGGGUACGGCGGUCCAGCCUGACCAGUGUGGACAGCGAGGCGUCGGGAUGUGCAGAGAGUCGUCUCAGCACCACCGUGGCCAACAUCUCCAGUACGUGGUGGGGCUCCAAGAGACUGGACUACUCGCUGUACUGCCCUGACGUCCUCACCUCCUUCCCCACGGUGGCCCUGCCGCACCUCUUCCACGCUUCCUACUGGGAGUCCACAGACCUGGCAGCCUUCAUCCUCAGACAGGUGAUGCGAUGUGACUGUGUGAAUGCCAAGGAGGCGGGCGGUCUAGACUCGGCCCUCUUCUCCCCCUCCAGCCCCCGGGAGAAGUGGCUGCGCAGGAGAACCCACGUCAAGCUGCGGAAUGUGACGGCCAACCACCGGGUGCACGAUGUCAUCGCGACCGAGGACGGGCAGCAGGUGCUGGUGGGACGCUUCAUGUAUGGACCCCUGGACAUGGUCACCCUGACCGGGGAGAAGGUGGAUAUCUUCCUGAUGACGCAGCCCCAGUCUGGUCGCUGGGUGCACUUUGACGUGGAGGUGACCAGCAGUGGCGGCCGCGUGUCCUACACCAUCCCCAAGGACAAGAGGCUGGCCGUGGGGGUCUACCCCAUCAAAAUGGUGGUCAAGGGGGACCAGACGAGUGCGGAGGCCUUCCUGACGGUGUUGCCGCGGGGGAUGGAGUGUGUGGUGUUCAGCAUCGACGGCUCCUUCGCCGCCAGCGUCUCCAUCAUGGGCAGCGACCCCAAAGUGCGAGCAGGGGCCGUGGAUGUGGUUAGACACUGGCAGGACCUUGGCUUCCUGAUCAUCUACAUCACGGGCCGUCCCGACAUGCAGAAGCAGCGCGUGGUGUCCUGGCUGUCGCAGCACAACUUCCCCCAGGGCAUGAUCUUCUUCUCUGAGGGACUGGUGCACGACCCCCUGCGCCAGAAGGCAAUCUUCCUACGCAACCUUGUGCAGGAGUGCCACAUUAAGAUCAGCUCUGCCUACGGCUCCAUGAAGGACAUAUCUGUGUACAGCAUGCUAGGCCUGGUACCCUCCCAGAUUUACAUUGUGGGCCGGCCCUCCAAGAAGUACCAGACCCAAUGCCAGUUCCUCAGCGAGGGCUACGCGUCGCACCUGUCCACGCUGCAGUUUGGCCAGCAGAGGGCGCGUCCCAAGAAGAGCUCCUCGGUGCGCCUGGCGCUCUGCAACGGCUCCUUCGCCCGCGUCGCCAAGCCCGACUUCCUGUGCAAGCGCACGCACCUGCGCCGCACCAUGUCCGUGCAGCAGCCCGACCCGCCCUGCUCCGUCAACCCCAAGCCGGAGCGGGCCCAGAGCCAGCCCGAGUCCGACAAGGACCACAGCGGACCUGGCGGAAAAGGUGGUGGUGGUGGUGGUCAUAGUGUGUGGGUACGAGGGUCCAUGCACCGUGGAGACACCACACCCUGAAGGACAAUUCUAUGAGACAGCAAAAAAAA